AUGACUGUUAGUACGACUACAAAAGCGGCCACAGAAAAAAGUGUUGAUCAUUCGAUUCGUAAAUGGUUUGGUGUCAUAUGGCUUUUGAUUGAAGUGAAUCUAAUUGGUGGUACAAUAUUUGGAUUUCCAGCAUUAUUUCAAAUUUUACCUCAAUAUGGAAUUUAUGGCAGUGAAAAUGAUUGUUCAUCAUCAUUAAUAAAUACAACAGAAUCAGAUGAUGGAGAAUUAUCUUGUCAAGGAUAUCAAACACGUCACUAUCAGAAUGCGUUGACAUUAGGUAUUAUACUAUUUGAAAUUCCAUCAGUUAUUAUUGGUCCAAUGAUUGAUAGGUUUGGAUGUCGAUUUGUUAAAUUAAUUGGAAUAAUUUUUCAUAUUAUUGGAUGGUUAGCAUUAGCAUUGAUUACAUCUGGACGAGAUUCACUUUUAUAUGUACAUACAUCAUUUUCAUCCUUAGCUAGUAUUAGCGUAUUAUUAACAGCUUAUACAUCAAGUGGUUAUUUUUCAAAAUCACGAGCAUUUGUAUCGGCACUAUUUGCUGGUGCGUGUACAUCAGCAACAAUGUGGUAUUCGAUAUUUCAAAUUUUAAUUGAUGCUCAAAAGAUUACAUUACAACAAUUAUCUUAUAUAUGGAUGUCAUUUGGUGUAUUAAUGUUGGUCAGUUCAUUUGUAUUUCUUGAUUGGAGUUUUCCUCUUUUGAAUUUACCCUAUCAAUUUAAUACCACAUUGGAAAAGAAAAAUAUUUCUCAAGAUAUUCUCACAGGUAAAAAACAAAAAUUAUUUAAUAUAUCAUUAAUGCAAACGAUAUCAUGGCUUCUCAAUAUAAUAGCAUGUAUUAUAUGUAUGUUUGUUCGAAAGAGUAUGAUUAUUCCAGCAUUAGUCAUCAAUUGUAUUGCACGAGCUACAAUUUCAGGUGGAAGUCAAGCGGUAGUAGCAACUUUUUUUCCAACUGAAUAUAUUGGCACAUUAACUGGUGUAAUGUGGACUUCGGUGGGUGUUAUUGCAACUGUGCAGUACGGCUUAGUGCAAUUGACGAAUGAUAUAACUGGUUCGUGGAGAGGACAAUUAGUUGUAUUUAAACAAAAAAAUAAAUUUUAA